AUGGCAUGGCUGAGCCGCGUGAGAGGAGUUUCCCCCCUUGCAAGACUCGUUUCAACACGCCGAUCGUUCGGAUCAGCGGCCGCGGUGGCGUUUGACUACGACACCGACGACGAGGAUUACCUUUACGGCGGCGAUCGGCGUUUGGAGGAGGCGAGGCUUGAUUCGGAGAGGUCUGGGACGGAGAGGGGAGUCCAGUGGGUGGUUAUGGGAGCGCCUGGAGCGUGGAGACACGUGUUCGCAGAGAGGCUAUCGAGUCUUCUUGAAGUUCCUCACAUUUCUAUGGGAUCGUUGGUCCGUCAGGAGCUUAGCCCUACGUCUUCUCUCUACAAGCAGAUUGCAAGUGCUGUAAAUGAAGGAAAACAUGUACCCAAGGGUCUUGUGUUUGCUUUGCUAUCAAAGCGGCUUGAAGAAGGAUAUGCAAAGGGAGAAACUGGUUUCAUUCUUGAUGGGAUACCUCGCACUCUUAAUCAAGCCGAAACUCUUGAUUCAAUAGCUCAGAUUGACCUCGUUGUGAAUCUUAAAUGCUCUGAGGAGCAUCUGGUAAACCGAGCUGCUCUUAGUGAAACAGCUCCUCUACCUCGCCUCGGCUCUAUGUUACACUCAGGUGUUGCAGUCAAAGCCCGGAGGGAGAGUCUGAGUGUCUACGCAGAGGAGGUGAAGCCCCUGGAAGAGUACUACAGGAAGCAGAGGAAACUUAUGGACCUUCAUGUGGGCGGUGCCACAUCAGCGGAAACAUGGCAGAGCUUAUUGUCAGCUUUGCAUCUGAAGCAGGCGAAUUUGGCGACUUCACAGAAGCUGACUCUGUGA